AUGAUUCUCGAUUGCAGAUUUUAAUAAUUAAUGAAUAAUAAUUCGCACUCUUUAUUUCCUACUCUGUGGUAGAUUAAUAAAAGAACCACAAAAAAUACUCAUAAAGUCCAAAAGAUUCUUGGCCGAGCUCUCAUUAGCUUAACCAAAGCAGAGAAUCAAAUGGACCAACUUAAUGGCCCUCAAUAUAAUUGCAUCAUUGAAGGGCUGAUUAAGGAUAAUUAAUUGCAGGAUUAAAUCCAGCAAGAUAAUGGAUCUAUUUCAACACCUAGUGUUUUUGAAUAAGAUAAACCUAGGAAGGCUCAAAAAGAUUUACAAUAAGACUUAUGCUCAAUACUUAAUUUUACCUUUCAAUGCCUCUCAGAUUAGACCUAGCUUUCUACCAAAAUUGGCAGAGCUAUCAACGACAUUAGAGGGCUACUUGACCAGAAGAGAGAAAAUUACUCAAAGGAGGAAUCGAAAUAUGUGAGCCAGAUGAACAAUAACAAUAAUAACUUACGAACUUAAUUAAUCUCAAAACUCUUGUCGAUGCCAGACAGAAUAAGUAAAGAAGAAACUGUUCAUCUGACUGAGUAAAAUAACGGUAUUUCACAGAGUGACAAGUCCUUGAUUGAACCAGAUAGCAAUGAAGAGACUUCAUCUGAGGAUAGAUAGCUUUUAAUAAAACGUAAAAGAGGUAGACCUAGGAGGAGUUAAUUAAAGCUUAAUUCAGGCAGUUAAGUUUAGUAAAAGAUAAUAAAAAGUGUUUGCAAAACUAGGAAGGAGGGUCAUUCCAUUACUGAUCCUGAAAAAGUAAAAAUUGCUAUCAUUUAAGAAGAUCAAUAGAUCACAUUAUCCCAAAAAUCUUUAGAUCCUCAGAAUAUACCUAUAGUCCAUCCUAUUUCACGUGAUCAGGAGGAAAAACUCCUUAAGACUUAAGAAUUUUAAAAGUAAUAGAAUCAGUCUAAUUAGAUAAGUAUUCCCUUGAACAUAGAUUCUGAAAAUUUACACAGAAAGUAAAAAAUUGAAAGCUACAAUAAUAUCAUGAGAAAAAUGUAUAAAACUAACACGUAACUAUCUAAAACUCUUGAUGAUAAUGUGAAUUAGGCAUAAGCACCAUCUCAAUAAUUAAAUAUUAACAUUCCAAAUCAAAUCAUAAUUCCUGCUAAGUCCUAAUAAGUCUCUAAUUCGAGACAUUCCAGUAACUCAAGGCGGAAUAUCAAAGAUGAAUUGACAGAGCAAAACAGUAACUAAAUUAAAAAGCAUAGACACCAAUAAGAAAAUUAGAUUAUUUAGAAUAUGCCUCAAGCAUAAAAUUAAAACCUCUAGAUGUCCCUAUUCUAAAUAGUUGAAAAUGCCGAUAUCUAUCAGAAUUUACCUGAGCAAAUACAAACUUUUUAAUGA